UAAGCGAGCUCCGAAAGCCUUCGCUGCACAUUUUCAAUGCAUCCAGACCUCGCGUCUCCGCACAGGACAUGAAGUCAAGUUCGAUCGCAAUCGAUUAUGUGAAAUGUCGCUACAAGGGCAACAGCCUGAUGUCACGUUCGACUUCAUAGCUGCUGGCGGCAACAGACACCCCUCAGCGGCGGAUUGGGCACCUAGUUUGGUGGCUUUUGGAGCGGGCAACAACAUCGCCCUGUGGAAUCCAGAGGAUGAGUUUCAUGUUGGCAUAUCUGCUUUGCUUGCAGGCCAUAACGAUCAAGUCAAUGCCGUGAAAUUUCUCGAUUGGGAGGGCGAGAGACUGAUAAUUAGUGGCGGCUCUGACAAGACUGUGCGGUUGUGGAAACCGACACGCGCAACAUUUCCUCCCUAUGAGGAAGUGUGUUGUCUUGCCGAGCAUAGCGGUUCAGUCAACAGUAUUGCAGUCCUUUCUGAUGAUGGAUUCUUCGUCACUGGAGCGGCGGAUGGCACGCUCAAGGUAUGGAAGUUGCAAGAUUUGAGUAUGCAAGUCGUGCAAGCAAUCUCAUUGAAGCCACACUAUUUGCCUCUCUCGAGCGCGCUUACACGGCUCGCGGAUGGCUCUAUUGUGCUCGCAGUUGGCGGGACUUCCACGGUGAUUCAACUGUUUGUCCGGUUAGUGGACGCUCUUGAAUUUGUGAUCCAAGCGACGCUUACUGGCCACGAAGGCUGGAUCCGCUCACUGGACUUCGUGCACGACGGCGAGGAUAUACUACUUGCAUCGGCAAGCCAGGAUAAAUAUAUCAGGCUCUGGCGCUUUCGACGGUUGCUGACUGCGGAACCAGAUGCGAAGAUCGGCAUCGCAGGUGGUACCGCGAUAUCAGCUGAAAAGCCGCUGUCCAACAAAGCACAUCUUGUUGGCAACGCAGACUGUCAAUAUACGGUCACCUUCGAAGCAUUGUUGAUCGGGCAUGAGGACUGGGUUUAUACGGCCAAAUGGCGGCCUCCCACCGAAAAAGAUGUGUUGCCAACCUUGCUAUCUGCAUCGGCAGAUAAUUCGCUUGCGGUAUGGAUCGCCGACGAAGCGUCCGGUGUCUGGGUCUGCAACGCCAGGCUUGGGGAGAUCAGCGCGCAAAAGGGGUCCACUACAGCGACUGGCAGCACCGGCGGCUUUUGGAUAGGCAUGUGGCAGCCCAACGGACAGUCUGUCGUUAGCCUUGGCCGGACAGGAAGCUGGCGCAGAUGGAUUCACAGCCUUGAGAAGGAUAUGUGGGAACAGGCUGUCGGCGUCAGCGGACAUACCAAGGAGGUGCAGAGUCUUGUUUGGGCACCAGAUGGCUCUUAUCUACUCACUACAGGCUCUGACCAGAGCACUAGAAUGUUCGCUGAAUGGAGACGAGACAGCAAAAGGUCGUGGCACGAGUUCGCACGGCCGCAGAUCCACGGAUAUGACCUCAAUUGCAUUGACUCGAUAGGGCAGAAUCAGUUUGUCUCCGGCGCCGAGGAGAAGCUUCUCCGCGUCUUCAACAAGCCCAAAGCUAUUGAUGCCCUUGUCGCAAGGCUCAGUGGCACGAAGCCUACUGUAAAUGGUGAGCUUGCGGACGCUGCCAAUGUCCCGGUUCUCGGCCUUUCGAACAAAGCCGUGGCGGCUAUGGAUGACGACGAACACGUUGACGGCAUCAUGGUUCGCGCCGUCGGUGAGCACGAGGCCGCAGACCCAUCCUCCAUCGUUCGCAAGUCAACCUUAGCUCUAGAGCAUCCGCCGUUAGAAGACCACCUUGCUCGGCACACCUUGUGGCCCGAACAUGAGAAGCUCUAUGGGCACGGGUAUGAGAUUGCCGCGGUGGCUGCUAGCCAUGAUGGCUCACUUGUUGCGACAGCUUGUAAAGCCAGCUCUAUCGACCAUGCGGUCAUUCGACUUUACGAGACGAAAGCGUGGCGUGAGCUGAAGCCUCCACUCACGGCGCACAGUCUGACUGUGACAAGCUUGGCCUUCUCGGGCGAUGACAAGUAUUUGCUGAGUGUAGGACGCGACAGACAGUGGGUCGUCUUCAGCAGGAAAUCCGCGGCCCAAUGCAAUUACCAGUUGCUGACAUCCAAUCCAAAGGGCCAUGCUAGGAUGAUACUUGACUGUGACUGGGCUCCACUCGACACGGACUACUUCUUUGCUACAGCCGGAAGGGAUAAAGCCGUUAAGAUAUGGAAGCUUCGAAGUAAUACGGCGGAUUGCGUGAAGAGCAUGGCUGCGACGGCUGCGGUUACAGCAGUCGCGUUCUCGAAACGUCGAUCGGAGGAACUGACGCUGGCAUACGGCACGGAUGAUGGAGACAUUACCAUCGCCUUCCUACACGUCUCUGAUCCGGAAUUGGCUCAACCCAAUCACCUUGCCAAGCUGAUCUGUCCUUCGAAGAGUGUGUCUCGCCUGAUCUGGCGUCCAGAUGCUGCGGCUCUUGGAAGGAAGAAGCAGCUUGCAGCAGCAAGCGAUGAUGGGUCGGUGCGCAUAUUGAACGUCGCCUCCUAAUGUUCCACCGAGGCUGUCGCUAGGCAAACGAGAAACCCGGUAUUCAUACAGCUCAACUCUUCGUUCGUGUAUGACAGUGGUCGCCGCCGGGAGCCGGCAUCUCGACCGAAGCGGACGCUCAGAGCACCAAUGCGCGCAAAAGCUUCAGGGCCGCCUCGCUUUAUUGAUGUGUGCUUUUGGUCAGGCGUGACAGCUGCUCAACAGCGAUUAUAUGUUGACAGUUGCAAGAUCGUGAGUGUCUGUGGUGGAAUGUCGGUUAUGCGGCUGCUCCUUCCGAGCGAGGGAAGCGCGA